AUGUUAUAUUCAGCCAUAGCAGAAUAUCCUUGCUGCAUGCUUUGCACUUGUUUUAAAUGUUUACCUGUUAUUAGGGAUGGUCAGUGUCCUGAAUAUAGUGGGGAGGAACAAGCUAUGUGCGCUGUUGGCCUAGUACAAGCUAAAGCUGGUAUUUUUGUUGAAGCUAUCCAGUAUCUUCUAAUCUUGGCAACUCCUAUUGAGUUGAUUCUUGUAGGAGUAUGCUGUUCUAGAAGGGAUGGUGAAUUAGAUCCAUAUGCAGCGGUGUCACUACAGCCUUUGCCUGAGUAUACAAUGUCAUCUUAUGGAGUCACUACGACAUGCAUCAGUUGUACUAACAAAGGCAUUGGUACUUUUGGCUCCAUAUCUCUUGCUGGCCGAUCUCAGAAUGAAGAUCUGUCAUUGAAGAUAGAAUCAAAAUAUUAUUCUGCUGGAACCCUGGUUCUUUCUGAUUCAUCUCCAUCAACCAUGUCAUCGCUUUUGUUUGUGAAUGGAGAUUCUAGCAUGCCAUCAUCCUCCUUAACUAAUACAGGAACGGGUGCAAGGAGUUCCCGGGCAUUAGAGGAGACUAUAUCUUAG